ACGACGUCGGAGUUCCACAUCAGUAAACUCCCAACUCCCUCCUAGGGUUUAUUUCCCCCUUCUUCUGGUCUCUCUCCCUCCUUGCGCCCCAACUCAAGCUCCAACCAAUGGAUUCGCAACCGCCAUUAUCAACACCAGAAGCACCACCGACAGUAGAACCACCGGUAGUAUGUUGGUCGAACAUAGUGAAGCAAACCCCCUCGCCAACCCCACCGCAACCACCAAAAACUCCGACCAAACUCUUCGAAACUUGCAAAUCAGCCAAAGGCAUAGCUGUAGCCAUUGUCGACGCCAACGCCAUUAUCCAAGGAGGAGAGAGACUCCCUUCUUUAGCGGACAAAUUCGUAUCUGUCUCCGAAGUCAUCAAUGAAAUCCGUGACCCCACUUCUCGCCACCGUCUGUCUUUCCUCCCUUUCUCCGUUGACACCUUGGAGCCCUCUCCUGAAUCCCUCAAGAAAGUCGUCAGCUUUGCUAGAGCAACGGGUGAUCUGCAGACUCUUUCCGAUGUUGAUCUUAAGCUCAUUGCUCUAACUUACACACUGGAGGCGCAGGUUCAUGGUACUAGUCAUCUUAGAGACAGCCCUCCCCCUAUCCAUGUCUUGAAUGUAAGGAGAUUGCCUGAGAAGGACUUGCCAGGUUGGGGUUCCAAUGUUCCUAACCUUGAGGAGUGGGAGGCAUUGGAUGCUGCGACAGGUGGUGGUCCAGAUCAUAAUUCUAGAAUUCUCCCGUUGAAAGAUUUAACCUUGAAUAUCCCUGUCGAGGAUCAAAUAAGUUUGCAAGAUGGUUCUGUUGGAAAUGGUACUGUAGAUAAUGAUGGUGCUGGCCUGACUACCAGGAGACACAGGCGAUAUCCACCCAAAAAGAGAGAGGUAAAGCUUGAUGGAAAGAUGGUGGCAGAUGGGGUGGAUGCAUCUCAAGGACAGCAUGAUGAUAAUGAUGAUGGUGAUUGGCGUCCUGCUGUCAGCCGAGGCACUCAUAGAAGGUUUCUCAGAAGGAAAGCUCGACGUGAUAUGUACGAGGCAUCUUUGGAUGAUGAUGAGCAGCAAGAAGUCAACAAAAAUACUGAAGAGGAAGUCAUCAUGGAAGCUAAAUGUAAUGGUCUGACUUCUGAUGAUAGGCAUGUUGAUCAAGAGAUUUCUGAGGAUAAAAAGGACACUGAUGGGACAAAUAGUGCUGAAAAUAUUUCAUCAAUUUUGGAACAGAUGAGACUUGCAGAAGAUGCUUUGAAAGAUCAUGAAGAACAAGAUGUGCAAAUUGGUUCUCAUUUAGAGGUUGCAUCAAUGGAUGCGGACUUAGAAGAUGCUCAUUCCGGAGGUGAAGGGGAUAACGACGAAGUAUUAGAUGACUUAGAAAAUGGAAGUGUUGAUACCUCAUACGCAGAGGAUGAUGGUAGUGAACAGAGCUGGAUGCUAAGGUCUUUAUCUGAUUCAAGUGUUGCUUGCAUCACUGGAGACUUUGCAAUGCAAAAUGUUAUCCUGCAGAUGGGUUUACGUUUGCUAGCCCCUGGAGGAAUGCAGAUACGCGAGUUGCACAGGUGGGUGCUAAAAUGUCAUGCCUGCCAAAAUGUUACUGCUGAAAUUGGUCGGAUUUUUUGCCCAAAGUGUGGAAAUGGUGGUACCUUAAGGAAGGUGGCUGUUACAGUAGGUGAAAAUGGGGUUGUGCUACAAGCUCGAAAGCAGCGUUUCUCCUUGCGUGGAACAAAGUUUUCGCUACCAUUGCCCCAAGGAGGAAGAGAUGCCAUGAGUAAGAAUCCCAUAUUACGGGAAGACCAGCUCCCACAGAAAUUCUUAUACCCCAAGACAAAGAAGAAGUCUAACAAGGACGAUGAUAUCUUUCCCGGGGACAGCAUCUUUGGUCAUCAUACUGAAAAGAAAACAUAUAACAGGCCGCCUGUAAGACAAGCAUUAGCAGUCUUCAGCGGUAAAAGAAAUCCCAAUGACAACCAUUACUCUCGUGCCAAGCACUAAGGCUGUGUGUUUUACCUGGAAAUUUUGGUAGAUGUAGUACUAGCGCUUUUUUAUUUUAUUUUUCGGGGUUGUGCCUCAUAGUUUCUAAAAUCUCGUCUAUACAUUUACUGCCUUUGAAUUGAACAAAAAUCAAAAUUGUUACCUUGUUUCUGAUUGUUAUCUGUAUGUUGAUUUUUCUGUCACUUUCUUCUUUGUAGAAAGAUGCACCUUGUAUGUUUGGGGGAAAAAGUCACUUGUGUAUUCGUUGGUCAUUUACAUCAGUCGUUUGGAUAUAGUUUGAAGUAUCGGAGACAAUUAAUUUGUUGUUCA